AUGCAGGGAACGGUGAACGGUUCUGAUGAUCGCCGAGUGGACGGCGUCAAUUUUGAGCAGGGUUUCGCUCUCGAUGGCUCGUUUACGGUGGAAAAAAUCGUGAACGUUCAUCUUCUAUUUCUUUGCAAACUCGUGGAUCGUGGAAAAAUUCAUCGUGGAGGAUUCGAAUCUGUCGACUCUGUUCGAUGCAUUCCUCCUCCCCCGUUUCUUUAUCGAGACCUGGAUCGUUGGACUUGGCAUCGAGAUGGACGCGAGCUUUUUCAUCGAGAAGAGGAUCCUUCUCGGCGUUUAGUCAUCCAGCCCGCGGCUACGUAUCCUCGAAGGAAGAGGAAGAAACCGACGAAGCAAACGACGAGAGAAGCGAGAAGAAAAGGAACGGAGGCGAGAUCGCAAUCACAGGCCACGACAUCGUCGACGAAUCUCGACGGAACGCGAGUUCAAGUUGGCUCGACCGGACAAAGUCGCCAAUUAGUCGCAGAAGAGUCGACGAGUCGCGCGCGAUGGCCGGUCGCUUUCUUGCGAGAUAACGCCAAGUUGAACGACACAGAAGCGCGGCGAGACCGGAUGUCGUCUCGCUCGCUUUGUUUCCUCUUGGGCGGGCAGGUCGAGGGAAAAGACAGGCGAGGACAUUGUCUGACACGUAGCAAUGUCAAGGCCCGACAUCUACGCCGGGGUGUUUUCUACGCGAGAGGAAACGCGGUGAAACAAGCGUACUAAUAGAGAAUGCGAGAUCGAUCGGUUCAUCCGCGCGUGAAAAACGAUCGUUUUCGAUGAACGACGUGUCUUCGCGCGUCGAAUACACCUGACUGACUGCUCGACGCUCGAUUCGUUUCAUCGAGUUAUCUAUUGCGAUUAUGCGCCCUGAUCAAAUUGAA